AUGGCUACUACAGAACAAGACAAACCAGUAGUUGUCUGCGUAUUCUGCGGCUCCGUCGCAGGGGAAAACCCGGCGCACAUCCAAGCCGCCAAAGCACUGGCACGCGCCUUCCACGAGAACAAUGUCCAACUCGUCUACGGCGGGGGCACCAAUGGCCUAAUGGGGGCGAUAGCCAGAGAACUAGUCACACUAUCCGGACCGCAAGCAGUACAUGGUAUAAUCCCACAAGCGCUCGUCAAAGUCGAACCGGGAUAUCAAGAACUAAACUCGAAAGAAAAAGAAGAGGGGGGAAAAGUGCAAGAAGGAGCUGGAAAAACCCACGAACGGACGGUUCGUCUCGACAAGCGUACGGAAAUAAACGAGACAGAGUAUGGCAUGACAUCCAUCGUGCCGGACAUGCACACUCGCAAGCGCAUGAUGGCUACGAAGGUGUUGGAAGGGGGACCGGGGUCAGGAUUUGUAGCGCUGGCAGGCGGGUUUGGCACAAUCGAAGAGGUGAUGGAGAUAACGACGUGGAAUCAGCUGGGGAUUCACAAGGCGGGGGUUGUGUUGUUGAAUAUCGGGGGUUAUUGGGAUGGGUUGAUUGAUUGGAUUCGGAAUGCGGUCGCCGAAGGAUUUGUGAGUAAAGCGAAUGGCGAGAUUCUGGUUACCGUCACAGAUGUGAAUCAGGUGCUGCCCAAGCUCAAAGAGUAUAAGACGAGUGUGGAUAGGUAUCAACUGAAAUGGGGACAGGAGUAA